UCCCGUGUUUCGCAGUCGUGUCCUUUUCUGACGAUCGUCAUCCCUUUGGACUCUCUUCUUAAGUUUUCACCCGUCAACUCACAGACUGCGGCUCAUCUGACCUGAACAUCGGCUGGAAGAAGGACUCGGAACUCAUCCUCAUCACUAAAACAAAAUGCCUGGACCAGCAGUAAGUGCAACCAAUGUCGGGGCCUCUGGCCGUUCCCCGAGCAAGACGGUGGCCCCCCGCGCCGCAGGCUCCACUGUCCGACAAAGGAAAGCUACCAGCAGUAGUGCACGCAGCGGCGCCAGGACCACGGGAUCGGCGGGCACUGGUGGCAUGUGGCGCUUCUACACAGAAGACUCACCAGGCCUCAAAGUUGGCCCGGUGCCAGUGCUGGUGAUGAGUCUACUCUUCAUUGCUUCAGUCUUCAUGCUGCACAUCUGGGGGAAGUACACCCGCUCUUAAACUCCACCUGAUGACCUCUGACCCUGCGACUCGGCUUCUUAACACAUUGGAACUGGACCAAACAAGAAAUGAACAAAAACUUUACGCUCAUAGUUCCCCUCUUCAUCAUCUUUGCAACACACAGACACAUAAAAUG